AUGAAUAAUCUUUCAGAGGCCUUCAAUGCCACCAUCCUCUUGGCUAGGGACAAACCAAUCCUCACCAUGAUGGAUUGGAUCAGGAGUUAUUUGAUGGGUAGAUUUGCUGCACUAAAUGAGAAGUUUCAGAAGUAUCAAGGUGAUGUGAUGCCCAAGCCACUAAAGAGAUUGACUUGGGAGACUAAAGCUAGCCAACACUGGUUUCCACAAGCAUGUGGGCACCUAAAAUUUGAGGUUAAGUCUGUUCUUGACCCUGAUACAAGGUUCAUAGUUGAUAUCGGGCAGCAUUCCUGCACAUGUAACUGGUGGGAUUUGGUGGGCAUCCCUUGUAGACAUGCAGUGGCAGCUAUCUCACACAAUAUGCAGCAGCCAGUAAACUUUGUCCAUUCUUACUACAGAAGGGAUGCAUACAAAGCAACCUAUGACCAUGCCAUCAGCCCAAUCAAUGGCAAAAGAAUGUGGCCCUACACUCCAGAUGCUCCAAUUCUGCCUCCAGUAUACAAGAGGAAGGCUGGAAGGCCCAAAAAGCUGAGGAGGAGGGAACCACAUGAGGAUGAUCCUGAGGAGGGAGCCAAGCCUGUGCCUGUACAUAGAUGUGGAAGGUGUGGUGGCACAGGCCAUAAUGUUAGAACUUGCCCAAACCCAGUCAGCACUCAGCCCACAACAAUUCCAAUUCCUCCAGUAAGCACUAAGCACACAGGCUAA